AAAUUCGAAAUCAUCAGAAACCACCUCGAUGCCAUGUCCGUCCUUUUGGUCCUCGGCCUUGCGAGCCUCACCCGCACCUUGGCGGACGGACCGAGCACCGAGACCACGGAGAGCACCACACGUAGCGAUGGACCGAGCUGCGGGUGUUCCACCACGAGUUUCGUGCUGGUCUAUGGAGAGUCUCCCACUGAUCUCCUGAUCCGCAAGAACGACACCAGUUUUGGAAGCGCCACCAUUCCUGGCUCUUUCACCUCGCCGGUUUCGCAAGAUGCGUGUGAAGAUGCAUUGCUACUCCACCCUUCAGCGAUCGCUUACAGCUAUGUGGUCCUCACGCAGUCCUGUGUGCUGCUGUCGGAAAUUUCUGAGGCGGUUUCUGCACCCAAUACACACAGUGGAGCCAAAAUUCAGGACUUCCCUUGGCUUUGUCAUGUUCUUUGCACUGCCAACGCCGAUGAUAGAUGGACGGGUGUGGUGCGGACGUCGUUUUAUGACGCGCACCCGACGCCUUCGUGCCAGUGCUGCUACAAUGAGGCUAGCAGGGUACCACGCCCAGAGGUGCAUCACUACAUGUGUUCAUCUUUCACUUGCAUAGAAUGCACUGGGAACCCGUCAUCUGAUGCAACAACAUCUAGCACGAGCCUGCUGCAGCCCAGAGAAACGUGGAUUUGGUCCUGGAAAGUGCUGCUGGUGUUUGUAGCAGCCUUUUCUUAGGACAUUUCUGCUUGUAAAUGGGGUAUACCACCAAGUUACGGCUAUUUUUAAUUUGGGGUCAAUAAUGAUCCAUCAAUGGAGUUGUUGUGUUUUCUCAUGAUUUUUAUAUUCAAAAAAUCAUGUGUAGUCCCGUUUCCUCAGGUGAGCACGACUAUCAACCUGGCGACGUGACGUGGCCAUACAUGGCCGUCAUUGAAAAGUCGGUUCAUGUCGGUUCCGUUUACCCUCUGGAUCCCUCUGGUAAACGUUUAC